UCGAGCUGGGCGAGAAAUAGCGCCCGCCGCUCCCCCUUGAGACGAGGCGCCUCCCAGUCCCGCUUAUUAAGCCCGCUCUUCUCCAGCCUCUGCUGAAGCACCGCCAAGUCCGCCGCGCAUUUCCCCGAGGGGGCGGCGAAGGAGAAACUUUGCUUUGCAAUGAAUCGCGCGGCGAGCGGCUGCUCGGCGGGGUCGCUGUUCCGGCUGUGAGGAGGAGCAGGAGGGGCGAAGGGAAAAAAAUAAACGCCAAGACAACUCCUCAGUUUUUGCCAUGGGUUGUGGACUAAACAAGUUGGAAAAACAUGAUGAAAAGCGGCCUGGUAAUAUCUAUUCAACUUUGAAGAGGCCCCAAGUAGAAACCAAAAUAGAUAUCUUCUAUGAAUAUCAUUUCCUGGAAUUUACAACUUUAAGCAAUGCAGAGCUACCAGGAUCAUCAGCAAUCAGGCUCUCCUCCUUGCAUGAUCUUCCCUCCCAGCUGCAAGAAUGGUACCAACAGGGCUUCAUGUUGGCGGCUGUCCAUCCCUUUGUGCAGCCCACUAAUGAGAAUGAGAAGACUCCCCAGGCACAAAUCUUCAGGGCUGUGCUGAUCAAGAAAACAGAAAGAUCCUUGAAGAGUGAUGCUAUCAGUGAAGGGAAUACUUUAGAGAUAGAAAGUUGCUUCUCCUCAGAUCACCUUCCAGAUAAAUCAGAGAUGCCAGAUCUUAUUAAGAAAAUUCAAGAUGCAGCAAGUCGAGGCUUGAGGUUUGUUGGAAUAGUUCCUCAGCAUGUUUCCCAAAUGAGCUUCAAGAGCAGCAGUGCUGCGAUAUCUACCAGCAACAGCUCCAGAGAACUAAAAGGUGACAAAAAUCCAUCAGACUUGCCUGAGGAUUCUGUUUCAUUGGAUCGUGAGAAAGCAGACUGCACUAAUGAAUAUAAGGUCCCAGCAACAGGGGAAGAAAAUGUGGACCAGAAUGUAGACCCCAGUGAAGACCCUGGAGGCGAGGGGCAGGUUACGGAACAUCUCAGUUUAAGCUCUAUUGGAGAAAAUGGAGGGCAACAUCAAGAAACCGAAAUCUUCGCUGUCUUCAACAAGGCAAAGACCUCGCACAGAUCCAGCCAGUACUACACUGUCACAAUUCCUGUGAAAAUCAUCAGUAAUGGGCAGAGCAUUUGCAGCUUAGAAGCCAAUUGGCUGGAACAUAUGACAGAACACUUCCGGAAAGGGAGCACAUUGGUGAAUGCCAUCUUCAGUCUUGGAAUGGUAAAUGAUUCUUCCCAGGGAAUGACAGAUGGCAUAUUCAUUUUUGAAGAUCUUUCUGUGGAAGACAGCAAAAGUAUACAAGGCUAUGAUGCUAUCGUCGUAGAACAAUGGACAGUUUUGGAAGUAAGUAGAAGAGAAAUACAUUUGUUUAAAUCUUUCAUGCUGCCUCUGUUAAGAAUAACCUACUUUGCAUUUUUCAGUAUACAAAAUGUCUUGCCAUGUUGCUCAACAAUGCCAGUAGAGUAUGUUUGUCUGCAGUUUCACUGGAGGUUCUCCAAAGAAGACAGGCAUCACAAGCAAGCCAAGAAAUCUCUGAAGGCAAAAUUAAGUGAGAGAGAGCAGCAGCAGCCAGAAGAAACCCAAGAGAUGGAAUUCGCAGAAAAUGCAAGAAAUUCAGAAACACAGUUCUGCAGAAUGGAAGGUGGUUUGCACUUUCCAGUAAUCUCUGAUCAACAGCCAGCUGAUGUUGAAGAGAGGAGAACUGAAGUUCUCGGGCAGAGAGAUGUGGUUGUCUACAAUAAUGAGUUGUCUGCAGAAAAAUGGAAUGCAGGUCAUGUUGCUGAUAAAGACAUAGGAAGCUUGCAUCUGGAUCAGCAAGACAUGCAUGAAAACUGUGAGGUCCAAAUAUUCCAAGAAAGCUGCACCACAGUGGAAAGUGGCGGAAACUGUGGGACAGAACCAAUGGGAACUGAUUUUGAAUCUGGAUGUGAUUUCGACUGAGAGGGGCAAAUAUUUGCCAAAGUAAAGAACUCAUUUUGAUUAUUGCUAUCAACCAUGACUGCAAGAUCAACCUGACACUGUUUGUUUUCUACAGGUACAUAGCAGAAAUGCUAGUGAUACUGUGUUUCCUUGUGGCAAUGUAUGCAAUGUUAUUUAGGCUUUUCAGUCUGCAGCUUCUCCAGACAGAGCUGGGAAAAUACUUGCCUGAAACCCUGGGGAGUUGCUGCCCAUCAGUGUUGACAAUACUAGACUAGAUGAUCCAAUGGCCUGACUCAAUGACCCGGUUCACAUGAUUGUAGCAUAGUUAACAAACCGCUAUGGGUUGUUAACUCCACCAUGUGUACCAGUUGCACACUGGCUAGAUUUCCCUAGUUAAGUUUGCUGGUGCAGCAUGCCAUGUCAUCCAAGGUUCCCUAUGGGUUGCUGCCCUACUCCCAAGAAGGCAUGCCACCAGGAUUCAGAUGAGAUGGCAAGCUGUGCCAGUGAGGGUAAUUAAGGAAAUCUGGCACAGUGGGAGAAAUAAGCCACCAUGGUGUAUUUCCCUUACUGCAGUCAUGUGAGUUGGGCCAGGAUAAGGCAACUUCCUGUCUGCCUAAGCUGUGUUGAGCUGCUUUUUAAACCAAACAAAAAAAAAAUCCUGUACUUAAUGCAUUCAUGUAUUGUAACAAACUAUAAUUGGGAUGCGCCAUGUUUUAUUCAGUUUUGUCAAAUGGUAUUCGGGAGGUAAAAGGGGGUUUUAAAGAACUAGCUAUAAUUAUAUUUGUCUUAAGCACAUCUACUCAUGUUGCCUUCAAGAAUGAGUAAUCUCGUGCAAAACUUUUAAAGCAAUAAUGAAACCUUGUAGUUAUCUAAGAAACUUAGUGGCAGAGAACGCAGUGAUUUUCCACAUCCUAAUCUGAUUCAUAAAACAAGACCAUAAAACAAAGUGCAUGUGAAAAGAACACCUUUUCAUUAAAGGUUGGACACUUUUCACCUGCUUAUAUCUCAAGCAGGUGAGAGCUUUAGCAUAACUUUUCACAAGAAAAUAACCAGCAAACAUUACAUGAGUGGAAGCCACUACGCUCCUAACUGAUACAAACAGAUAAGCAAAAUGAAACAUUUUCAGCUGAAGCAGUACCUGAUGUAAAAUCACUUAUUUUCUCAUAUUUUGCGGAUAUACUACUCUUUGCAAUAAAACUUGCAUAAUUUGAAUUU